AAAUCAGAUGAAGAAAAAAUUAAAGGACAAUGGUAAUGAAGAAAAAGAUAAAGACAAGAAAGAAGAAAUGGAGGUAGAUAGUGGCAGUGGUGUUAAAAAAAAUACAACAUCUUCGAGCGAUGCUACUGCAGCAGAUUCAGCAAGUAAGGAGGAGGGGGAAAAAGAAGAAGGUGAAGAAGAGGAGGAGGGCGAAAAAGAAGAAGAUAAUAAAAAGAAAUUAGAUAAUGUAGAUGAAAAAAUGAAUGGUAUGGAUGAAAAGACAUCCAAUAAAGAAAAGGAAGAGGGGGAAAAAGAGGAUGGUGAAAGGGAAGAGGACGAAAAAGAAGAAGGUGAAAAGAAGGAGGAUAAAGUAGAGUCCGAAAAAGAAGAAGGAGAAAAAGAAGAGUCCGAAAAAGAAGAAGGCGAAGCAGAUGAAAAAAUAGCAGAAAAAGAAAAAAUUGAAGAUGAAAUGGAUACAUCAAUGGAUAAAGAAAAGCAAAGAUCUGACGAAAAGGAAAAGGAUAAGCCCGAGAAAGCUGAGGAAAAACAAGAUAAACCAAUAGAAGAAGAAAAGAAAAAAUCGAACGAAGAAGAAAAAGCAAUGGAUAUUGAAGAGGCAGCAAAGAAGACUCCAGAGACCAAUGGUAAGCCAUCAUCGCCCAUUACCACUACAAGCACCACAGUAGACUCAUCCUCAAAAGAAUCAAAUAGUACUGAUAAUAAAAAUAACAAUAGUAAUAACAAUGAUGAUAAUGAUAACGAUAACGAUAAUAAUAUCCAAUCAAAAGACUCAUCAACUACAACAUCUACAUUAACACCAACAAAUAAUAGUAAUAAUAAUAAUAGUACUACAACAUCUACAACCAACAUCGAUCAAGAUAGACCAGCAGAAACAGAGCCAUAUGAAGAGUUUGAUAAAAAGAAGAUCGAAGAGGAGCUUAAAGAGAAAAGAGAGCAUAUGGAGGAAAAUAUAGUCAUAUCGACAAACGGUAGUAAUGGAAGUAAUGGAAUUUCAAAUGCUAUUAACGGUGAUGAAGAAGAGGAGAUGGAUGAAGAAUAUGAAUCUGCCUUUGCAAAGAAUCAAGAGUCAUCAGCAAUAAGUAAAAGUAGCUAUAGUUCAAAUAAAGAGGCUGAUUUAGAAACUAAAAAGCGUUUGGAGUGUCUAGGUAAUAUGGAAAGAAUAGAAAAAGAAUUUACAGAUUUAAAAGAAAAAUUCUUUAAUGACAAAUUAACCCAAAUCAAAAAAGAAAUUGAAGAUAUUAAAUUAGGUGAACAUCUUAGUUUCCAAGAAAGAAUGAGGGAGCUCGAAUUAAAAAAGGAAAGAAAAGUUGCGAUAGCAGAAAAUUGGAAAAAGUAUCAAAUCCAGAGUAUUCUAAAUAUGUAUGAUGCAGAAUGUAAACAAUAUGAAGAUGAACAUAAUGAAGAGGCAUCACAUCUUAGGGAAAGAAUGGUUUCAACUCUAUCCGAAAGACAAAAGAGAAUAUCUGAAGAAAAAGAAUCUAUGAGAAUGAACGAUGGUGAGUCAAGAAUCACUACAAGAACAAGAAGAAGAACACAACAACCAACUCAAACUCAAAAUGUAACGAUGAAGAAAAAACAAAAUCCGCCCUCAAUUGUUUAUAGUCUUAAAGAAAAUGAAAUUGCAGACGAUUACAAUAUAAUCUUCAAGAGUAGACGUUAA